GGCACUGCGGGCUGGAGCAGGCUUUUCCAGCAGUGGGCAGGCCCCAGCCCUGGACUACGCGUGGGUUUCCCCGCGGGCCGGACCCAGCAGUAGCUCCAGAGUUGGCUCCGAGAGCGCGCUUGCUCCAGCCUCCUCGCAUCGUAAGGCCCUGUCCUUCCCCCGAUCUGGUUAGCUAAUGAAUCUGGGGAAGACAAACUUCCAGGACCGACGGUUUAGGGCCCAGUAGAAGACGGCUCAGUGAUGGCGCCCAUUUUUGGAAACGCAGGCGAAUUCGAGCUCGCAGGGAGGUGUGGUCGAUUCCUGUUGGGACGGGAGAGGCUUCAUUUCUCUGCUGCUGCGGUAGCCGGUGCUUUUGAAGAGUGAAUGGAGUGUUACAGAGCAGGACACUUACCUUCGCUUCUUGAAAACUUGACAUCGGACAUGCUUAGGAACAGAAGGUGUCCAGGAGGAGCCUCUGUUACAAAUUGUAUUUGCUUCAGGGGUAUUAUAGGCUAUGAGCUGCCCGACUUCUCAUGACCGGGAAGUCUACCUCACCUUUUCUGUACUCCUGGAGAGGCAUCUUGCUCACAUGUUUACCUGCAGCUGGGACAAGGAAGAGAAAAGAAAUGAGCCGCCAGACUGCAACAGCAUUACCCACUGGAACCUCAAAGUGUACGCCGUCCCAGAGGGUGCCUGCCUUGACUGGCACAACUGCAUCCAAUAAUGACUUGGCGAGUCUUUUUGAGUGUCCGGUCUGCUUUGACUAUGUGUUACCACCCAUUCUUCAGUGUCAGAGUGGCCAUCUUGUUUGUAGCAACUGUCGCCCAAAGCUCACAUGUUGUCCAACUUGCCGGGGUCCGUUGGGAUCUAUUCGCAACUUGGCUAUGGAGAAAGUGGCCAAUUCCGUACUUUUCCCUUGUAAAUAUGCCUCUUCUGGAUGUGAAAUAACUCUGCCACACACAGAAAAAGCAGACCAUGAAGAGCUCUGUGAGUUUAGGCCUUAUUCGUGUCCGUGCCCUGGUGCUUCCUGUAAAUGGCAAGGCUCUUUGGAUGCUGUAAUGCCCCAUCUGAUGCAUCAGCAUAAGUCCAUUACAACCCUGCAGGGAGAGGAUAUAGUUUUCCUUGCUACAGACAUUAACCUUCCUGGUGCUGUUGACUGGGUGAUGAUGCAGUCCUGUUUUGGGUUUCACUUCAUGUUAGUUCUGGAGAAACAGGAGAAGUACGACGGUCACCAGCAGUUCUUUGCAAUUGUACAGCUGAUAGGAACACGCAAGCAAGCUGAAAAUUUUGCUUAUCGACUUGAGCUAAAUGGACAUAGGCGGCGAUUGACUUGGGAAGCCACUCCGCGAUCUAUUCAUGAGGGAAUUGCAACAGCCAUUAUGAAUAGCGACUGCCUAGUCUUUGACACCAGCAUUGCACAGCUUUUUGCAGAAAAUGGCAAUUUAGGCAUCAAUGUAACUAUUUCCAUGUGUUGAAAUGGCAAUCAAACAUUUUCUGGCCAGUGUUUAAAACCAUUGCAUUCAGUUUCACAGAGAAUAAGGCACCCGUCUGCCUGCCAACCUGUAACUUUUGGUAGGUGGAAGCUAGACACAUGAAGGUAAAUAAAAGGAAAGGCUGUUAAAUACAGGAAACAGUUGCAUGUAGUAACACUAAUAUAUUUAAAACUAAGUCAGCAGUAAACCACUGAAAAAUAUAUAUAUAUACACCCAAGAUGGGCAUCUUUUGUAUUAAGAAAGGAAGCAUUGUAAAAUAAUUCUGAAUUUGUGUUGUAGAUUGAGUGUACUGUUGAAAAAUACCGGGUUUUUGUUUUGUGUGUGUGCCCGCAAGUUUGUGUGCGUGUGCGCGCGUGUGUAUGUGUGUGUUUAUUUUUUUCUUUAACCGACAAGCCAUGUUGAGUGGUCUCGGACCACUGCUUUUCCCUUUGUGAGUCAAUACAUAGUGCUGCUGUGUGUGUAUAUUUUUUGUGUGUAUUUGCUAAUUUUUAUUCUAGUUUUUCAUUAAAUAAAUUUGACUUUC